GUUGGACAUUACCUGGUCGACGCGUCCUUUCUUCAAGUUUCUUGAACGCCACAUUUGACUUCUUAUUGCACGAGUCGUUGUUCAGAGAGCUACGGCAGUACGAGGUUACGAUUGACUGUCUAGUUGCUGCGUGACCCUUGUUCUCUCUUUGGUCAAUUCAGGGCUCGCAGCGUGUAAGAAGGGUCUCCUGUAUAAAAGGCUGCUUGAGGUUUCCCGAUCCCAAGGCGCGUACUUUCGACGUAAUGCCGCAGGAGCCUGCGGUCAAGACAACACCCUACGCCCAGAAGUUGAGCUCCCAUCCGAUAUCGCACGACGAUGGAGCUGCCGAGAUGGGAAAGAAGGUUGACCGCGAAUUGGAUCCUUAUAGAUCGACCCGUAUUGGCGAGCUCAUCGAUCACAUCUUCCCGGAACCACUUAUACCUGGUUCCGACAAGACAAUAGACGACAUCUACAGCGCAAUCACUACCGGCGAUGACUGGCUCUUCUCCGCCACGACCCGCACAUGGAAAUCUUGUCCUAACCUUUCUGUAGCCUCGAACAAUGGAGACGUCGAAGUGGACUUCGCCUCAUUCUUGAAUACCCUUGCUACCCGGAUCAGUGUCGUUGUCGGGAAAGAAUGCAGACGAAUUGCCACGGGCGCGUAUGCGGGCAAUCGCAAUCACCUCCCUGGCGGACCGGGCUCUGAAAGACGGCCGGAUGUCUUAUUCUUUGAAAAGGAAGGGCCACAGUCGUGGGAGACUGUCAUUUCUCACUGGGAGGUCAAGAACAAACACAAAUAUUGGCGUCAGGCUCGGACCCAAGUUGGCGAGGGUGCUCGUCUCAUUUAUGAGUCUCAAUACGACAGGCGAUUCGUGGUAGCGGCAUCCAUCUUGGGCUUCGAUAUUAUCCUGCACCUGCUCGAUCGUGCUGGUGAAGUCUCCUCAGCGACUUUCGACAUGCGUGGCCAACCUCGCGCGUUUCUUCGAAUAUUUACCGCGACCAUUUUCUCGGAAAAGGAUCGUCUCGGCUAUGACCCCAGCAUCACGACUCUCGAGGAUGGCAGGCGCUGCGUGACCGUAGCCCAGGAAUCCUACGUGAUUGAGGACUGGGUAUACCGGAGUCAUUCGAUCAGAGGACGCGGGACAGCAUGUUGGCGCGCGUCUCGCAAUGGUGUCACGUACGCAAUCAAAGACUACUGGACGGACAUGUCCCGCGCUGUCACCGAAGCCGAGUUUCUGCGGGAGGCGGAGAAUCACGCCGUUGAGGGCGUGCCUCGUUUAGUGGCACACGAGGUUGCCGAGUUUCGAGGACAGAAGGACACAACGAAACUGAUACGCCCGAUCCUGUCGGAGGAGAUGUACAGCAAGAUGUACCUGGAUGCGUACACCAGUGUGGGUGAGCGCGUUCAUAUGCGCUUAGUCAUGACCCCAUUUGCAAUGCCUAUAACACAUUUCAAAACAAAAGGAGAACUCGUAGGAGCUUUCAUAGACGUCAUCGAAGCCCACAAGCAGCUUGUCGAGAAGGCAAACAUACUUCAUAGGGACAUCAGCGUGAACAAUAUCAUGCUGGUUGAGUCCUCAGAUCAGGAGGGCAAGAAUGGUCGUCGUAGGGGACUCCUCAUUGACCUUGAUUAUGCUGCCCAUUAUUCGCCGGAUGAUGCUCAAAAGGACCGGAAAGUUGCUCUAUUGGAGCGGACCGGGACUACUCCUUUCAUGGCCAUCGAUCUUCUUUCAGCGAGUGGACAGCGGGUACAUGUGCCACGAUGGGACCUCGAGUCAUUCUUCUACGUGCUCAUUUGGGUCUUCAUCCUUUACGACGGCCCAUGCAAGUCGGAGAGGAAGAUCAAAUUCAGUGACACUGUGUUAUUCAAGUGGACGAACGACGACUUUGAAUCGAUCGGAAUGAACAAGUAUGCGGCGGUCACGAGUCCAGACUUCUGGGAAUCAAAGGUGUUGCGCUGGGUGGCCCCCUAUUUUGCAGACCUGAAACCAUGCUUGACCCGCAUACGCGACCUUUUGUUCUUCACUGAAGAGAAGACCCACGACAAGUUUAUUCGUAUCCUUCAAGAGGAGUUCGAGAAACUGCCGGAUGAAGGCAGUUCAGGCGACGAGGAGGCCUCGGAGGAAAACCUUCCGACCACACAGACAAGCGCUGUAGAGCAGUUCCGCUCUUCGUAUGCGAUGGCAGGGGUCAAUGGCCUGAUUGCGGAGGGUCGCCCUGACAGCGAGUGGUCCGGCAAACAGGAUGACGAGGGCGCCGAGGGCUCUGAUUCCGCCGCGGCUGGCCCUUCACACUCAUGGGCAGAUAUUGCGAGUACCGGCUCGCGCGGACGCAAGAGGACGGCAGGCGAAAUCGCGGAGAGCAGAGGCGACUAUACUGAAUCUGGCAUCUCCCCCGACUCGCGGAGCAGAGGCUGGGUCAGCGAUCCGUCCGCCUUCCGUACUCCCAGCCCGGUUCGAUCACCUCCCUCCUGGGGUUCAACUAGGGUUCGGGCGGAGGGCUCUCGGAAGAGUCAUAGCAGAGGCCCGACGUCGUCCGAGUCUAGCAAGCGACACCGCGGGCAGUAGGUGAUGUAAAGGUAUUGUCUCGUCUGAGAGUAUCGUUAUCUUUCAUUGAUGGAAUCUUGUAUAAUCGCUGGUCCUGGCUUUGCUGUAAGGAUAUGUUGUCGUUAUUGCUAUCACUCAAUCGCUAUAUCGUGUAUGCUCUGUAUUUGAAUAUAAUCUCGAUCGGUUCGCAUGCUGAGUGCCGAACAACUUCAAC